AUGCCAAGGACUCUAACUCCAAGUGUUCAGGAGGAUUCGCAGUCCAACACCAUUUCUGACAUUAGCACACAUGAGCAGGACCAACACGAACAUGACGAUACUGCUGCGACUUCGCAACCUAUCGUCUCGCAGUCCACUCCUACUCAAACUAAUCAUGAGGUAACCUUCUCUAUGCCAACUUCAGUUCCUAUUUCUGAUGAUUUCUUUCAAGAUUUUACUCCACCAUCACCCACUACUACAACAACACUAAUCUCAAUCGCUCCCUGCCCAAAUGUUUCUAUGGGUGUUUCGCAACCUCAAGCUUCUAUUCCGCCAUCCACUCCUUUGUUCACUGACUCUACAACAACAACAACCACAACCACUAGCACACCUCCAAUUUCUGUCACCGUAUCUGAUACGGGGGCAGGUGCUUCAGGUUUCACUCUUGGUCAUGAGUCUACUCCCAUCUCUCCUCUUCGACAAGGUGAUCCUGAUACUGUUUUCGGGUAUGAUGUCGAUGAUUUCGAGGCUUUUACUUAUAUUCCUUUCACAAUACAAGAUGACAGCAAUGAUGAUGCUCCGAUCACCAAAGGGCAACUCAAAGCUCUGAAUGAGAAGAUGGAUUCCUUGCUUGAGUCCACCAAAGCAUCCUCUCACAGUGACUAUUCUCAGGAGGCGGUCAAGGCAUUCUUUGAAACACUCACAAAAGAGCAUUUUGCGAACCUUGACAAAACCAACCAAGCUAUCGAGAAUUCAGCAUCCGUCUGCAAGGAAACGACCGAAAAAGUCGAUAAACUACUUUCUGAUGUCAAAACUUUCAUGGUUGAUUAUCAGACUUCCUUGGAAUCAAACACUACAAAAGCAAAUCAAGUAAUUUCCAAUCUUAGAACCACUCUUCAUAAUGAGAAGGCAGCUCUUGAGAAGGUUCGUACUGGACUCCAGACCGAUAAUACAAAGUUCCAAACCUCCAUCACUUCAAAAAUUGAGAAGCUUCAUGAAGAUUUGGCACUUGAGAACAAAAUAAUGGAUGACCUCGUCGUCAAAACAAAAAAGGUGAAGGUUUUAUCCGUCAAGCUGGCUAAUGCUAAUCAUCAUAUUGAUGAGCUAAAAUUCAAAAAAGCUGUGAUGAAGAGCUGCAUUGCCGACGUGAAUGCCUUCCUGUCCAAUCUCAUUGAGAUGCAUGAUUCUCAACUCAUGAUCUUUGUAAGGAUUGAGGGUGUUUCGGAGUCUGGCACACUUCCGAAACAAGGGGGAGAUAAUGAGAAGCAAUCUGCGAAAGAACCCCAGAAAGCAGCCAGAACUUCUAGUGACAAUGAAACUAAGUCAAAGGGAUCUGAUCCGAAGGAUAAUGUAACUUCGGGAUCAAAGGGAAAGGAAAAUAUCAUUGAUGAUGAUAAUGAAGAAGAAGAAGGCGAAAACUCAAAACUUAAGCGAAAAGUACGUGAUGCAGUUCUCGAUGAAAACCUGCGAAUUGCAAGAGAGGCUGAAGCGCGUGAAAAGGAGCUUUGUGAUGCUCAGAUUACUAUAGAAGCUAAAAAGGUGUUAAUUCCUGCUUGCUCCGUGAAAAGAAUCUUGACCGAAGCAGUUGACAACCCAAGAAUUCAUUGGUUAGAGCCGGUCACUUCUUUCGAUCUGGAAAACACCUUGGAUUCGCAACUGGAUUUCCCAAUCACUCCGAAAGCUUUUAUGUUUUGGUUUUUUGAGAGAAUUUUGAAUGCACCAGAUUCAGACGAGAAUGUGAACAAAGGGAAAGGAAAAUAUCAUUGA